CUCCUCUUUCCGGGCCAUCUCUGCCCCUCUCCCCUCCUACCUCCCACCAACCCAAGUAGGCGAGCAGCACCGCAAGCACGGGAGGCGACGCUCCGAUGGAAGCCUCGGGUGCGGCCGGCGCCCGCGGUGGUGGGGGCGGCGGGCCGGCGCCGUUCCUGCUGAAGACGUACGAGAUGGUGGACGACCCGGCGACGGACGCGGUGGUGUCGUGGAGCGACGCGUCGGACGCGAGCUUCGUGGUCUGGAACUCGCCCGAGUUCGCCGCGCGGCUGCUGCCUGCCUACUUCAAGCACAGCAAUUUCUCCAGCUUCAUCCGGCAGCUCAACACCUACGGAUUCCGUAAAAUAGAUCCAGAGCGAUGGGAAUUCGGUAACGAGUACUUUGUCAAGGGACAGAAGCACCUGCUGAAGAAUAUCUACAGGCGGAAGCCUAUCCACAGCCACAGUCAUCAACCAGCUGCGCAGUCUGAUAACGAGCGUUCAUUCUUCGAAGAUGAGAUCGACCGGCUUGCACGAGAGAAAGCAAACCUACAGGCCGAGCUCUGGAAAUUCAAGCAGCAGGAGCCUGGAACCAUGUUCCAGAUUGAAGCCCUUGAGCGACGAGCGGUUGACAUGGAGCAGCGGCAAGGCAAGAUGAUCGCCUUCCUGCAGCAGGCCAGCAAGAACCCUCACUUUGUCAGUAAGCUUGUCAAGAUGGCAGAGGCAUCCUCGAUGUUCGCAGACGCUUUGCACAAGAAGAGAAGGUUAUCCGGGUUAGAUUACGCGGUCGAGGCCACAGAAACAGCUAGCUUCUGUGAUGACCAUAGCGCCACUUCCAGGCAAGAAAUGGGCAACCUUCUGAACCAGCACUUCUCCGAUAAGCUCAAGUUGGGACUCUGCCCCGCGGAGACAGAGAGCAACCUCAUCACCCUGAGCACCCAAAGCUCGCACGAAGACAACUGUAGCCUGCAUGGCAGGCAUCCUCCAGGGCAUGACGGAAUGGGGACCGGAUGCCUUCCCCUGGUACCACAGAUGAUGGAGCUCUCCGAUACGGGGACGUCCAUCUGCCCCUCAAAGAGCUCAUUCUUCAGACCAGCCGUAAACGACGAAGGGCUGUCGCCGUGCCAUCUGAGCCUAACUCUAGCAUCGUGCUCGAUGGAUGUCGACAGAGGCCAAGCCUCCAAUGCAGACGGAAGCACCACCGUCAACAAGGGAAGCGACAACCCAUUGGAGGCCACCGCAGCUGCCAUGGGCAGUAACCAGAAGGCAUCAGUCGAUGCUGGCACAGAUGCAACAACACCACGAGAGGAUACGCGAGUGGCCACCGAGCCGGCUGCUCCUGUCAAGGCGAAUGACAACUUCUGGGAACAGUUCUUGACGGAGAGGCCAGGAGACGCGAGCUCUGGCCCGCGGGAUCCUUCCAUGGACAAGGGGCAAACAGAAGGCAGGGAGAAGGAUGACAGAGAAGCCACGGAACAGCUGAAACUCUGAUUUUACUUCCAGAGCUACCAAUUUCGCGGAAGGGAUACAUACAGGAAGCUGCUGUGUAAUCAGGAUGGCAGGAAUUAAUGGGUGUACAUAUUUAUCAGGGGUGCAUAUCAUGGUACUAGCCGGAACUGGGGAUGCCCUUAGAGCAACUCUAGCCGUCGCGCCAUAUAUUCGCAGCCUUCGAAAUUUUCAGAGGGCGCUUCAUCCUUCUUUUUGGUGGUUGUGCGACACAAAACAGUUGUAGUCCGAACUCCAUUUUUUGCGGGCCCAUUCUUCAGCGUCUAUGUUCAUUCUUAAUAUAGAAAAUUGCACUGUA